CCGGAUCCCCCCUGGAUGCAAGGCCCCCUCAAGGUGGCGUUUCUGGGGGCCUCCGGCGUUGGGCGCACCAGUAUCCUACAGCAAUUCUUCAAGCACGACUUCCCGAGGCAACAUAUUCGCACCGCAAAGCGGAACGUCUACCGAAGCUGCCUGGUCUGUGAUACCUGCAUACGGGAGCUAAUGGUGUUGGAUGUGCCUCCGCAGAAGUACUUCCCGGUGGAUAAUCUGGCCGAGUGGAAUAAUGGCCAUCCGCUCGGGCUGCGAACCGUGCACACGUACGUGUUGGUGUACGAUAUGGGGAAUCUGGAAUCCUUCCAGUACUGUCGUAACAUGCGUGAUCAAAUUUUAGAAAGUUUCAAUCAUCGUGAUUUUAAAAUAAUGGUUGUGGGCAACAAAUUCGACAGGGCAUCGAACCCUCACACUCAGGAACUAAAGGACAUCUCGACCCUGGUCCGGAAGCAUUGGCGUUGUGGCUAUGUGGAGUGUUCGGCAAAAUACAACUACAAGAUUGGUGAUAUUUUCAAAGAAUUGAUGGGCUACCCGGUCGGUGGGACCGCUCCGAAGCUAGAGUUCUCGCAGUCGAUUAGGUCAAAAAAUCGUUGCACAAUACUCUAG